AAGCACGCGCUCGUGUGCGCGCGGGCGUGGAGGCGCAGAUGAGCGCAGGACUGGAAGCACGAUGAGCCACGCGCGCACGCCGGGGUUUACAUCCAGGAUUUGUUUGUGUUUGUUUGGAAAGUAAAUAAACAAACGCUCCGUCUGAAGGUGAGUCGCGGACCGGGAGGUCUUCCUCGCCCCCCCGCAGCGGUCACCUUCUGAAGGAAAGCACCGAGAGCGGACAUGUCUCGUGUUGACGCGUGAGACAGGAGGCUGGAGAGGACCAGCAUCCGGGCCACCAGGCAGCCACAGACCGGCAGUCCGCGCACACAUGCAGGAUGCCCGGGGCGCGCCGGGGAGUCCUGGUCCCGCGCAGCCCGACUCCAUGACGCCGCGGGCAGCCUCGUCAUGCGUCUGCUGCCCGAGCCCAGCGCCCAGUCCCUCCGCCUGCUCUUCCUCUUUGUCUUCGUGAUGGGGGUGACCCCGUCCCCGGCUCUCACGGCCGGCUGCCCCGACAGAUGCGUGUGCGACGACCAGCUGGUGGUCCAGUGCGCCGGGCAGGAGCUCACCGUGUUCCCCAACGACCUGCCGCUGGCGACCCGGCAGCUCAUCAUCUCCAACAACCGCAUCGGGGACCUUCCGGCGCUGCAGCUCAACUACCUGUCCGACCUGGUCUACCUGGACUGCAGCAACAACUCUCUGACCGAGAUCUCCGAGUCCACGUUCGGCAACCUGCGUAAACUCGCCUACCUGGACCUGUCCUUCAACACCCUGCUGCAGGUCGAGGACCGCACUUUUGGGCCGCUGGCGUCUCUGGUGAUGCUCCGGCUGACGGACAACCCGGGUCUCGGGGAGGUCCACCCGGACGCCUUCUCGGAGAACGCGGCUCUGCAGGUCCUGGACGUGAGCCGCAACAACCUGACGGCGCUGAACAUCAGCAGCCUGAUCGCGCUGCCCGCGCUGCGCUCUCUGGGGCUCAGCGGGAACCCGUGGAGCUGUGACUGUGACACGGAGGACCUCUGCCUGUGGGUGCAGAUCGAGGGCUUCAAGUUCCAAGACGAAGGCCAGACGGUUUGCCACAGUCCUGCCGAGCUGGCGGGCCAGCGGAUGGCGGAGGUGGGCAUGCAGCUGCGGGCGGACUGCCACCAGGGUUUGGGUUACUGGGACUACCUCUUCUUCAUCGCCAUCGGCUUCGUCAUCUUCUCGGCCGGCACCGUGUCGGCGUGGGUGAUGGGCGUGCUCAUGGUGCUGUACGAGCGCUACAGCAAGAGGAAGAGCGAGGAGCUGGACAGCGACGACGAGGACGACCGGGGAGGGGCGGGGGGAGGAGGGGGAGGUGACCAGGGCAACGGGGAUCUGACCAAACCUGGAAUGGAGGUGUGACAGACUGGAGAACCACAAGAGACUCUGAGACCACAUGGGACUAUGUGUGUGUAACCGGUUUAGAGAUAUGCAAUAUGCUGUCCACCACGUAGGACAGGAAGUGUGUGUGUGUGUGUGUGUGUGUGUGUGUGUGUGUGUGUGUGUGUGAGAGAGAGAAACAGCAAUAAGGAUGAAUAUGCCUUCACUUCAGGACAGGAUGACCUCUGAUGUAAUUAAGAGCAAUACCCCCCCCCCCCCCCCCACACACACACACACACACAGGUAUCAGGGUCAGAGAGUAAUGCCUUAAGUCUGCAUUUAGGCACAAGGAUGUGAUUUCCCAGAAUGCCUUGAGGCAGCUCCAAUGGUGAACGGUCUCUCCAGACUAAAUCUGUCCCGAAUGUAAAACUAAACUAAGAAUAAAGUUCCUGUCCGGGGGGGUUAGUCCAGCUUAAAGCCCCCUGUGGAGUCCUCACCUUCAUGCUGUUUAUCCCAAUGCUCCACGUUCUGUCCAUCGCUCCAGUCCAGCUGGUGGAGUGGACCAACCCUGACCCUCUACCUGGCUCACUGUGGAUGGAGGUUGGGUGGAGUACGGGUGGAGGGGGUCACCAUCCGAUGCGGGAAAUUCAUGGUGAUUGAUGGACUGAGCGGCUACAUUCAGAGCCGAGUGGCUGUUGUGAGUGUGAUGAUGACAGAUAUCUAGGAGAGGUUCCAUCUGAACGUCACCAUGUUUCCCACCAAUGCACGGCUGCGUUGGACGGUUAAAGUGCGUAAGCGACGUUUACGCAGCUCUGGAAAUUUGGAAAAAGCAUUUACGCACCUCUUAGUUCCAUGCGCCCUGUAUUCUGCUGUUGGAAUAAUCCACAAUAAAUAUGGUUUCAUUUUAAAACA